AUGGCUAUCGUAGCACCUCUGAGGGCUCCAAUCCGCGCUCUUCCACCAGAGCUGCUUCGUGUAAUCUUUGAGAUGACGCUGCCAGAAAGUGAUCGGUCACUUAAGAGCUCUACGCCUCCUCUCCUUCUCUGCCAGGUCUGCAAAAUCUGGCGCGAUGUUGCCAUCACAUCACCCACUCUGUGGAAUUCUGUUAGUGUUGAUGCUAGCUCUGUACGCACGAUCGCAAAUUGUGUACACCUCCUGGAGAUGGCGGUAGAACGUGCUGGAGACACACCGAUAGGUCUCGAUCUACACGAAUAUAUGAACUAUAGUAAGCAAGGCGCACCCCCGCUGCUGCUUACUACGCUUGCCCCCUCUUUCUCUAGAUAUCAAAAUCUAUCUCUAUCGGUGCAGAGCCCUCAUUGGUAUCACGACCUUGCACUGAUGAGCCCAGCCUUAUCCAGCCUUCCGAAGCUUAAAAAUUUGACUCUCCUUGUAAAUCACCACAACAUCGAGUUCAACCGAGGUCUCAACAUAUCACCACUCCAUCUAUUCAAAGCUGCGCCCCUUCUGACGAGCGUUUGUCUAGACCUCAAACAUCCUGGAGGUAACCUGUUUAUUCACCUUCCCUAUUCCCAAUUACUCGAUCUCGACUACCGGCUUACUCUGAGGGUGCCAAAUAGCACCUCUUACGCAAUUCGCUGUUGGCAAGCUGCUAUCGCUUGCGCCACCAACCUUAUCUCAGCCAAGCUCACAUUUCUGUCUCAACGUAACGUAUUCAGGCAGCAGCCCACCCUCAAACCUGCGGAGAAUCCCAAGCCCAGAACAUCAGAUGUCCAGGAGCUUGCAAUAACUUACGGGGUUCUGGGGGAUGUUGGGUCGAUUUUCUAUGGUCUCGAGCUGCCAAAGUUGUCAACUUUGUCAUUUCGGGCAGUAAGGGCAUGCCUCGUUAUAGUGGACAGAGACGCGAAACCUUCGAUGCUAUAUUAUUUUGACGUCAAGCCUCUUCGACCAACACUCUUUCACAAGUUAGAGAGCUUGACAUUGCUAUUUGUGCUGAUUUACGACAACCAGCUCCUAUCCCUUCUUGAAGCCAUCCCCAAUAUUCGGCAUUUCUGCCUGCUCUCUGUGGCAGAAUGCUCAAUAUGCCGCCUACCACAAUCUUUCGGUCCAAAGAAAUCCGCUCUGACACGUUUUCUCACAGUUCCAGUGGUGGAAGAAGAAGCCGUUGAACGAGCUGAUUACCUUCUUCCCAAAUUGGAGACCCUGGAGCUGUUUUAUCCUGCCACGACGAUUCCAUGCACGUCGUCCAGCUGA